CCUACAGACAUAUUGACCUGGUUUCUAGGUUACAUGACAGACUGACUGAAGAUGAUGAUGGAGGAAGAGGAGGACAGAGUGGAGUCUACAGGGUCCAGCUGUCCGUCUGUGAGGAGUGACCGGUCCAAAGAACUAAAUCCUCCAGGCUUCAGUGGUGAACCUGGACCAACGAGAGGUCAGGGGUCACCGUCUGCAGGGUCCAGCUGUCUGUCUGUGAGGAGUGACUGGUCCAAAGAUCCACCUCCAUACUUCAGUGCUGAUCCUGAACCAACGAGAGUGGACCAGCAGAGCUCAGAGGUUCCCAGUGGUCAGUCUGCCCAGCAGCAUCAAACACAGCUGGACUCCAUAUUUAUGCUGCUGGAGGACAACAUCAUCACUUUUGUGAAGAACGAGCUGAAGACGAUCCAGAAGGUUCUGAGACCAAAUAAGCCCCAGUGCUUGGAGUUUCAGAGGAAGGAUGAUGAGCAGAGGAGACAGAGCAGAGAGGCAUUUGUGAAGAUCACAGUGGACUUCAUGAGGAGAAUGAAGCAGGAGGAGCUGGCUGACCGUCUGCAGAGACCUGCAGUUUGUCAUCGUAAACUUAAGUCUGCACUGAAGAAGAAGUUCGAGUGUGUGUUUGAGGGCAUCGCUAAAGCAGGAAACCCAACCCUUCUGAAUCAGAUCUACACAGAGCUCUACAUCACAGAGGGAGGGACUGCAGAGGUCAAUGAUGAACAUGAGGUCAGACAGAUUGAAACAGCAUCCAGGAAACCAGACAGACCAGAAACAACAAUCAGACAAGAAGACAUCUUUAAAGCCUCACCUGGAAGAGAUGAACCAAUCAGAACAGUGCUGACAAAGGGAGUGGCUGGCAUUGGGAAAACAGUCUUAACACAGAAAUACACCCUGGACUGGGCUGAAGACAAAGCCAACCAGGACAUCCAGUUUAUAUUUCCAUUCACUUUCAGAGAGCUGAAUGUGCUGAAAGAGGAAAAGUUCAGCUUGGUGGAACUUGUUCAUCACUUCUUUACUGAAACCAAAGAAGCAGGAAUCUGCAGCUUUGAAGACUUCCAGGUUGUGUUCAUCUUUGAUGGUCUGGAUGAGUGUCGACUUCCUCUGGACUUCCACAAAACUACAAUCCUAACUGACCCUAGAAAGUCCACCUCAGUGGAUGUGCUGCUGAUAAACCUCAUCAGGGGGAAACUGCUUCCCUCUGCUCGCCUCUGGAUAACCACACGACCUGCAGCAGCCAAUCAGAUCCCUCCUGACUGUGUUGGCAUGGUGACAGAGAUCAGAGGUUUCACUGACCCCCAGAAGGUGGAGUACUUCAGGAAGAGAUUCAGAGAUAAGAAGCAUGUCAGCAGGAUCAUCUCCCACAUCAAGACAUCACGAAGCCUCCACAUCAUGUGUCACAUCCCAGUCUUCUGCUGGAUCACUGCUACAGUUCUGGAGGAUGUGCUGGAAACCAGAGAGGGAGGACAGCUGCCCAAGACCCUGACUGAGAUAUACAUCCACUUCCUGGUGGUUCAGGCCAAAGUGAAGAAGGUCAAGUAUGAUGGAGGAGCUGAGACAGAUCCACCUUGGAAUCCAGAGAGCAGGAAGAUGAUGGAGUCUCUGGGAAAACUGGCUUUUGAUCAGCUGCAGAAAGGAAACCUGAUCUUCUAUGAAUCAGACCUGACAGAGUGUGGCAUCGAUAUCAGAGCAGCCUCAGUGUACUCAGGAGUGUUCACACAGAUCUUUAAAGAGGAGAGAGGACUGUACCAGGACAAGGUGUUCUGCUUCAUCCAUCUGAGUGUUCAGGAGUUUCUGGCUGCUCUUCAUGUCCAUCUGACCUUUAUCAACUCUGACCUCAAUCUGGUACAAGAACGACAAACAACGUCAAGGCGGUCAAGCUCUUUUAGACAAAAAGAGUUUCUCCACCAGAGUGCUGUGAACAAGGCCUUACAGAGUCCAAAUGGACACCUGGACUUGUUCCUCCGCUUCCUCCUGGGUCUUUCACUGCAGACCAAUCAGACUCUCCUACGAGGUCUGCUGACACAGACAGGAAGUAUCUCACUGACCAAUCAGGAAACAGUCCAGUACAUCAGGAAGAAGCUCAGUGAGAAUCUGUCUGCAGAGAAAAGCAUCAAUCUGUUCCACUGUCUGAAUGAACUGAAUGAUCGUUCUCUAGUGGAGGAGAUCCAACAGUCCCUGAGAUCAGGACGUCUCUCCACAGAUAAACUGUCUCCUGCUCAGUGGUCAGCUCUGGUCUUCAUCUUACUGUCAUCAGAAGAAGAUCUGGAUGUGUUUGACCUGCAGAAAUACUCUGCUUCAGAGGAGGCUCUUCUGAGGCUGCUGCCAGUGGUCAAAGCCUCCAACAAAGCUCUGUGA